GUUUAGUCGGUGUCGCGGUCUCGGUGGUCAUGUCGUAAAGUUACGUUCUGCUGCUAGUUGUUGGCGUAAUCAGUGCAACUAAAUAGCAUGAUUAAGUGCAUUCGAUCGUCGUCGUCGCGUUGACAAGCUUUCACGUAUAAUAGAGUUCCGGAGGUUUGUUUUUCUUCGUGUAGAACUUGCAAAUUUCCCCUUCGUGGGUGUCCGGAAGUUUGAGGAGGAGUUGUGUUUUACCCCUGCAGGACGACGAUGCAGCCGUUGCAGUACUGUCCGACCAACGUGUCGAUGUCCGUGGUUUGGUCGAACCAUGGCAUCUCGCAGUGCUUUCUGGACACGGUCUCGGCCGCCGUGAUCGGCGGCUUUUUGCUGGUGUUCGGCACGAUCCAGCUGUUGAUGUACCGGCGGUACGGGACGGAGAACAGCCCGGCGCAGAUUGGCCGCUCGCGGAUGUACAACUUCCAGGUGUUUCUGCUGGCGCUGCUGCCUGUGCUGGCCGUGGUGCGGUUCGUGCUGGAGGGAUUCGUGUUCGAGGGUGCGCGGGUGUACGGGUUUAUGAUAUUGGCGCUGUGCGUUGCGUUGUUCGCGUAUCCGUACUCGAUUGUGCUGCUGGUGAAGGAGCGGUACUAUCUGCUGCCGUCGCUGCCGACGAGGGGCCACGGGUUGGUGCUGCUGCUGUUUUGGACCUUGCUGUUUAUCGCCCAGAACGUGGUGUUUGUGAAUCUGAACUACGAGAAGGCAUGGUUCCAUUUGAGCACGGUCAAGGACAAGGUCGAGUUCGGGUUGUUUGUGGUGCGAUACACGGCGACGUUGUUCAUUUUUGUUAUUGGGUUGAGAGCGCCGGGGAUUACGUCCACCUUCCAGCCGGAAGAGUACGAAAGUCUCGCGAACCCGGAGAAUCAAUCGACCUUCCGCAAUGCGUGGCACAAGAUGCGCACCCUGAUGCCGUUCUUGUGGCCCAAAAAGGACUGCGUCCUGCAAUUCCGCGUCAUCUUCUGCUUCGUGCUGCUGCUCGGCGGUCGCGUCAUCAACCUGUACGUCCCGAUCUACAACAAGAAGAUCGUGGACAGUCUGUCCGAGCGACCGCUCGCCUUCCGCUGGGACUGGGUGCUCAUCUACGUGGGCUUCAAGUUCCUCCAGGGUGGCGGCACCGGCUCGAUGGGACUGCUCAACAAUCUGCGCAGCUUCCUGUGGAUCCGCAUCCAGCAGUACACGACGCGCGAGAUCGAGGUAGAACUGUUCCGCCACCUGCACAGCCUCUCGCUGCGCUGGCAUCUGAACCGCAAGACGGGCGAAGUUUUGCGCGUGAUGGACCGCGGCACGGACAGCAUCAACAAUCUUCUCAACUACAUCCUCUUCUCGAUCGCGCCCACCAUCGUUGACAUCCUCGUCGCCGUCGUGUUCUUCAUCAUGGCCUUCAACUGGUGGUUCGGCCUGAUUGUCUUCAUCACAAUGUCACUCUACAUAGCGGCCACCAUCAUGGUGACGGAGUGGCGCACCAAGUUCCAGCGCCGCAUGAACCUCGCGGACAAUGCGCAGAAGGCGCGCUCCGUCGACUCGCUGCUCAACUUCGAGACGGUCAAGUACUACGGCGCGGAACAGUACGAGGUGGACUGCUACCGGGAGGCGAUCCUCAAGUAUCAGGAGGAGGAGUGGCGCUCCUCGAUCACGCUCAACAUCCUGAACACCAUGCAGAACGUGAUCGUGUGCGGUGGGUUGCUGGCGGGGUCGCUGCUGUGCGCGUACCUGGUUGUGUACGAGCAGGGCCUGACGGUGGGCGAUUACGUGCUGUUUGCGAGCUACAUCAUCCAGCUGUACGUGCCGCUGAACUGGUUCGGAACGUUCUACCGAGCAAUCCAGAAGAACUUUGUCGACAUGGAGAACAUGUUCGACCUGAUGAAGGAGGAGAAGGAAGUGAUCGACGCUCCGGGAGCCGGCGAGCUGGCCGUUAUUCGCGGAGGCGCGAUCGAUUUCUCCGACGUGACCUUUGGCUACACUCCGGAACGGUUCGUGCUACGAAAUGUAAACUUUUCCGUGCCGGCGGGCAAGACGGUGGCCCUGGUGGGACCUUCCGGCGCCGGUAAGAGUACGAUCAUGCGGCUGUUGUUCCGCUUUUACGACGUCGAGAGCGGUUCCAUCUCGAUCGACGGCCAAAACAUCAAAACCGUGCGCCAGUCUUCGCUGCGAAAGGCCAUCGGGGUGGUUCCGCAGGACACGGUUCUGUUCAACAACACCAUCAAGUACAACAUCCAGUACGGAAGGGUGGAUGCUCCGGAUGUGGACGUCAUCGUGGCGGCCAAGACGGCCGACAUCCACGACAAAAUUCUCACCUUCCCGGAGAAGUACGAAACGCAGGUCGGCGAGCGUGGCUUGCGGCUGAGCGGAGGUGAAAAGCAACGCGUCGCGAUCGCCCGUACAAUCCUCAAGUCGCCCUUCAUCGUGCUGUUGGACGAAGCGACCAGUGCGUUGGACACUCAAACUGAGCGCAACAUUCAAGCGGCCCUGAGUCGGGUUUGCGCCAACCGAACCACCCUAAUCAUCGCCCACCGACUGUCUACCAUCAUCCACUCGGACGAGAUUCUGGUGCUGAAGGAUGGGCAGAUUGUGGAACGGGGCCGGCACGAGGCACUGCUCGAGCGGCACGGCGUGUACGCGGACAUGUGGAACCAACAGCUCAAGAACUUGGAAACGGGAGGCGGUGAAGCUCCUGCGCAGCCAGCGAUCACCAAUGGAAACGCGAUAACCGGAAGUGACGCCAAGCCGGCCCACCAUCAUCAUCACUAGAGGGGUGAGUGCACGUUUGGAAGUGUGUACCUUUCCAAAGAUAACCAACCACCACUCUCAGCCUGAUGUUUUAUUGGAUUGAUUCUCAAAUCACUCACCGACUGAUUGUUUUUAUUUGAUGGGGAAAAUUGCGUGUGGCGAGGCAAAAGUUAUUUGUGGUCUUGCAGGAAAUUGUGAUUGUACAAACGAAAAUUUAAAAUUUGAGAAUCAAGCGUAAUCUUUCUGUGGAGAGUUUUACUAUUAGUUAAAUUAUUGUGCACUACACUUUGAUCAUUUCACUUUGACUGUGAAUAGAGAAUAGAUUUUAGGAAGAGGUUAACAAG